AAUUUCCUGAGUCAUUGCCUAGUUCAAAUCUGAAACGAAACAACUCAGAAGCAUCCUCAAUAUAGGCUGUAUUAUAUAUUUUCUUUGAUAUUUAAAGUAUACUCAAAAUGGAGGGUACCGUAUCAAACGUGGAAGUGUGUAACUUUGCUUACACGGGGAAGUUUGAGGAUUUAAAACAGUGUAUCCUGUCAGAUAAAACGCUUGCCUGCAAAACAGACCAGGACCGUAGAACCGCGCUGCAUUGGGCUUGUUCAGCUGGUCACACAAAUAUUGCGGAGUUUCUGUUGGACCUGGGAGUGGACGCCAAUCUACAAGAUGAUGCUUCAUGGACCCCCCUUCACAUCGCAGCAUCUGCAGGCAGAGAGCAAAUAGUGAGAUCUCUAAUAUCAAAAGGGGCACAGCUGAAUUCAGUCAAUCAAAACGGAUGCACCCCCCUGCACUAUGCUGCCUCAAAAGACAGAUACGAGAUUGCCCUCCUGUUGCUGGAAAAUGGAGCAAACCCCAACGCCAAAGAUAAGCUGGAGUCCACUCCGCUUCACAGAGCGUCUGCCAAAGGCAACUACCGCCUCAUCCAGCUGCUUCUCAAACAGAGCGCCUCAACCAACAUCCAGGACACACAGGGCAACACACCACUCCACCUGGCGUGUGACGAGGAGCGUGUCGAGGCAGCCAAGUUGCUUGUGGAACAUGGGGCCAGCAUCUACAUUGAGAAUAAGGAGGAAAAGACCCCCCUGCAGAUAGCCAAAGGCGGUCUGGGCACCCUACUUCGUCGAAUUGUGGAGGGCUGAUGCGUUUACUGACCCUCAGGUCAUGUUCCAGCUAGAAUCCACACCAUCUAAGUUACAUCACGAGAACUCUCAUCCCUAUCAAUCCUCCUUGAAUGGCCUGGUGUGACUCAGUCAGAUUGGUGACGAGUGGAAGAUGAAACAGUGUGCGGGAGAAUCGUGGGACUGUUCUGCAUCCUUUUCAGCUCCUCGGAUGGGGUACUGAAGAUGCUCAGACCAUACAGGUCGGACCAAAAAACACUCUACUGCACUAAAGAGCAAUCUGUCUAACACUGCAGCCUGUUUUUCAUGAAGUUUGAAUUGUUGCAAAAAUGACUAAAUAAAAAUCAGUGU